GCAUCGAACAAUAUGGAGAAGUUCAGCUGGCUAAACAUGUCAGAGCGCAAAGAGAGGAGUGCCAAUAGCGUAAUUGUCGGUGCGUUGGGGACGUUAGAUACUCUAAAUUUCAUGAUUGGGUGUAGCGACGACCCUAGUGUACUUACCAAAGAUUUGGAAGAGGCGAUGACGGAGCUCACGGAUGAGCUGACGUGGAUGCGAUGCUUCCUCGUCACCGCCGAAAGAACCGAGCACGGAAAGGCGGCAGCCGAUGUCUGGUCUGCGGCUAUCAAACUCCUCGCCGAACGGGUUGAAAAACUCUCGGACGGCGGUGCCACCCGGACCAUCAACCUCACCACCCAGGACUUCGUCGUUCUGUGGAAAAAGUUUGCCAGCCUUAGGCGAAAAAUACAACCUUUUGUUGCCACUUGUCUCUGUCGUGCUCCCUCAUCGUCUUCCUCCUCUUCAUCGGUUUAAGGAUUCUCCCAUGGUGUUGAAGGAUAUCAUCAGAUUGUAUUGAUAAUGGGCAGAUCUAUUAUGUUUUUGAAGAUUUUAUUUAUCAAUUAUUGGUGUACUUUUUUCUGCAUUUCAUCCAUGUCACUCAUUAUUACGGAGUAUUAAUCUUGAUAUAACGCUACCGCUUUUUCCAAAGCCACAUGAACUUUUAGAUCGGCUUUGAUUCGGAGCUCUUUUGGUGAGAAAGUACUCAAAUUUCAUAAA